UUUUUUUUUUUUUUUAGCUUUUUCUUUCAAACCGCUUCUUCUUAUAAUGUCAUUCUCCUUAUAUGGAACGCUCCCUCCAUCUAAGACAGGAAAAGAUUCAGAGAAAGUAGAUUCUCAUGCAACCAAUACCACACCAACAUCAACCAAUAUAAGUGGUCUCUACUCCUCAUUACCUGCACCUGAUUCAGGAUCAACUACUUUUCAAAAAGACGUCAAUGAGAAAACUCCAGUUAUAGAAACACCAGCAGCACCAGCACCAACACCGGCUCAACCAACAGGCUGGUCCGCAUUCAAUAAAUUCAGGCCUGUUAUACGUCGACCCACUAUUCAGGCAAAACCCAAAUUAAAUAAACCCUUCAUUCCAGCAGGUGCAACCAUCGUCUCUACGAAAACCAUCACACGAGAAGAAAAAGCCAAUGAACAAUCAGUCCAGGACUCCAAAUUCUCCACUACAAAACCAACUGAACCUAAAGACAAUCUUGACCUUGGUGCCAUUCCGUUUCUAACGACAGCGGACGACGUCAAUGGUUUUCGAGCAAACCAAAAGUCCAAGAAGAAGGGAAAAAAAGGAAAACUCGCAACAAAUACGCAGCCUUUACCUACCGUAUUCAACAUGCUGGAAGACUACGAUCCUCAUAGACCCAACGAUUACGAACAAUACAAAGAGGAACGCAGGGAAUUACGUGAACAACAACGAAAAAAGAGAGAAUGGGAAAAACGUCAGCAGCAAUCGCCAUCCAGAUCGAGAUCUAGAUCUAGAUCAAGAUCGAGAUCACGUUCGUAUUCACGUUCGCGUUCGCGUUCGCGCUCACCUUAUUCUUAUUAUUCACGUUCUCCAAGCCCUGAACCUAUACGUCCAUCAGUUAGAAAUGAACCUCCUAAAAUUAAUGUUAGAGAAUCGGCAGAAGAAGCUUAUCAUCGUAGAAUAAUGAUGAGUCAACAAAAACCCGUUGAACAACCUAAUUCAAGAAUUGAAGAGGCGAAUCCAGCAUUAGAUAUUGCAGCAAAAAUACUUGCCAAGUAUAACUUACAGGAAGGACGCGAAGAGAUGAAUGAACCAGUUUAUUCUCCACCCAUCCAUCGUGGUAACAACAUCAUGAUGGAACAAAAACCUGUCGAAGUGACAGAAAAUCCUUCACCCGUGAUUUUACUGACAAAUAUGGUGGGUCCUGGAGAAGUGGACGAUAUGUUACAGGAAGAAACAGCAGAUGAAUGUUCUAAAUAUGGGAAAGUAGAGCGAUGUCUUAUUUUUGAGGUGCCCAGAGGUAAAAUUCAUGCUGAUAAAGCAGUGCGUAUAUUUGUCAAAUUCUCAGAGAUUGAGGCAGCUAGAAGAGCUAUUACAGAUUUGAACGGUCGAUUCUUUGGUGGUAGGAUAGUAACGGCGUCAUUUUUUGAUAAUGGAAGGUUUGAAAGAUUGGAUUUGGCUCCAUUGCCUGAAGAGUUCCUUUAAAUCAUUUAUGCGCCGCUUUAAUGGAAAACACCCAAAACGUCAUAAGCAUAAAAACACCAACUCAGGGUUAUUUUUUUUUUUUUAUAUAUAUAUAUUUUGUAUCCCUUUUUUUUACUCUCUCUCUCUCUCUUAUUAUCAACUAAAAUGAAA